AUGGCCAACUUCCAAGUCAACUUUCAUAAACAUCAACCCUCAAAUUUCGACAAGAUUUUAGGUGCCAACCCUCAAGUUUCCAUUCUGGCGGAUGGAGGUGAUUUACCUCUUUACCAUGAAGCGUGCAUUUACCAUGCACCCUCACGCAGCGUCUUCGUGACUUCCAAUCAGUUGGCCACUUCUUCCGACCAAGCGAACCCAACAACUGCCAACAAGAUUGUCAAGCUCACCAGGGUCUACGAUCCUGAGCCAAAUCUCGCCACCGGAUCACACGUGACCGAAGUCGAGAAUAUCACAUUCCCAAGUAUCACCGGUGCAAUGCUAAACGGUGGUGUAAAUUUUGACUCGGAAAACAUUCUUCUUUGCGCACAGGGCUCGAGGGACCCAAAAGAUCCAUCGGGGAUUAUCAAACUUGCGGUUCCAUCCGUUGCCAGUGGCGAUACAGUCUUUGAAACUGUGAUCGAAUCGUUCCAUGGAAUCCCGUUCAAUUCUGUCAACGACGUGAUCGUCCAUCCCCAUGACCGAUCUAUUUGGUUUACAGACCCUCCAUAUGGCUUUCAUCAGGGCAUUCGACCUCCGCCGCAGUUGCCAAACCACGUAUACCGCUACGAUCCUAGGAAGGGAUCUGUCCGAGCUGUUGCAGACGGAUUUGCUCGACCAAAUGGCUUAUGCUUUUCACCGGAACUCGACACUCUGUACGUGACAGAUACAGGUGCAAUCCACGGCUCGGCAUCAGUGCCGCUGCACCAGUCCGGUCCUUCACACAUCUAUGCAUUCGAUGUUGUCCUUAAAAAAGGCUGCUCUGAACCAUUCUUGACAAAUCGCCGGGUUUUCGCUUAUGCCCCGGGAAAAGUACCGGACGGAAUCAAAUGCGAUACUCAUGGCAAUGUCUAUGCUGGUUGUACUGACGGCAUCGAGGUCUGGGACCCUAGUGGUGUGUUGAUUGGCACUAUUAAUAUACCCGGUGGGGUUUCUAACUUUUGUUUCGGGGAAAAAGGCGCUAUGUAUGCUUGCAAUGAGAACAAACUGCUCAAGAUACAGUUGGACGGUGAGAAGGUUAAGGGGGCACUUCUCAAUAUAUGA